AUGGCCGCGCGAUUCCUCUGGGACUGGGAGCUGAACCCGCCGCGCAGCCCUCACCUGCGGGUUCUGAGCCGCUUCCCAGGACCGAAGGCGGGCCCCGAAAGGGGCACCGAGAUGAAUAGCUUCGAUGACAAAUACUUUAGAAUACUCAUCUUACAAAUACAGAAAAAGGCUAUGGUUUUCUUUCUCCAGGAUCAGGCAUAGAGUCUGAUUGAAUGGCUCCAAUUAUCAGGACCUGAAAGCCUAAUAUCAGAAUCUACUACUUUGUAUGUUAAUUAUUCAUACUGCAUGAUUGAGGACUAGAGUCAGAGAGUCACCUGCAAUAUUUGGAAUGCCAGUGGAGGUCUACAUCAACACAGAAUUUAUACAGCACCUGGUGCCAGUCAAAGCUAAUGAUGGAAUUUCAGCUUAAUAAAAAGACCCCCAACUGAGCACUAUCUUGGAAAAAAAGUAUACUUGUCAAAUAGCUUUCAAUCAAUUCAAGAGAGACACCUUAAUUGGGAAGAGGAAGAUUUGCAGAGCAGUUUGUCAUUGUGCCAAUUCCAGAUCAAUAACUGUGUGUCUGCUUUUUGGUAGAUAGAGCUUCUGUUAUGUAUUCAGUAACCACACCUACAUCUUCCCCAUUUGGAUAAGGAGGUCUUUGUUUCAUGUGACAAUGUUAAUUGAUAUCUUCUUUUAAUUUACCUCUGUGUCUUCAUAAUAACAAGAGCAAACUUUAGACUUGAGAUUAUAAAGGUCAAUGUUGUUUUUUACAUUUUUAAGUAAAUUAUGUAUUUUUUGUAACAGGAAAGCAGUACUUAUGAAAUUUUUAUAUUUUAAAAGUUGUUUUGUUGGAAGACACUUAUAUGAGUCAAGUUAAAUUAUGGUGGUUUAACCGUAAGAAGAAUUUGCUGAACAAUGGUGAUCUGGAUUCAUAAUAAAAUUCUUUUGGAGAAGACUGUACAGAGUCAUUUACUA